GGUGAGAGGUCGCCCGGUCGCCCCAGCAACCGAGGCCCGCUCUGUCCUAGCGCCCAGCUCCCUCCAGCCUGCCGAGCUGGCGAGCCUAGGGGAAUCGCUGAGUCGCGAAAGCCUGUCCUACACGUCUCCAUCAACAUCUUUAGAAGUGUUCAAGAUAAAAUUUAUAUUUCCCAAUGGAGACACAUACGCCCACAGUCCUCAUUUCAGAGUUCUGGGCUUCCUUCCUCACCAGACGGUGACUGCACAAGAACUGCCUCUGGGAUCUGUGAGAGAAAUGGGACAGGCACCCACACCACGCCUAACGGGAUUGUCUACACAGGAAGCUGGAAAGAUGACAAGAUGAAUGGCUUUGGAAGACUUGAACAUUUUUCGGGAGCUGUGUAUGAAGGACAGUUUAAGGACAACAUGUUUCAUGGACUGGGGACUUACACAUUCCCAACUGGGGCAAAGUACACUGGAAACUUCAAUGAAAAUAGGGUAGAAGGUGAGGGAGAAUACACUGAUAUCCAGGGACUGCAGUGGAGCGGUAACUUCCACUUCACAGCUGCUCCCGGCCUGAAGCUGAAGCUCUACAUGUAGACGAGCUGCGUUAAUGCUCAGAUGUGGCCAUGCAACUCCCCUCGGGCAGAGCGACCGAACCUUCAGCUAAAGUAAGCUGCCUCCUCUGUAAGUCCACUAAUAAAGCUGUCAUGCACUUACA